AUGGGCGCUGCUACCGUGACCUCCUCGCAUCGUUCCAUGGCUGUUGCUGUUGUUGCCUUCUCUGCGGCAGCUACAACGUUCUUGUUGGCAGCGGCCACGGCGGCGGCGGCGUCGCCCGUGCCGGCGAUCUACGUGCUCGGCGACUCCAUCGCGGACGUCGGGAACAACAACCACCUGCCGACGUUCCUCAGGGCGGACUUCCCGCACAACGGCAUCGACUACCCGGGGAGGAAGGCCACCGGCAGAUUCAGCAACGGCAACAACUCCGUCGACUUCAUCGCUGACAACCUUGGGCUGGCGUCCCCACCGCCAUACCUCGCCCUGUCGAGAAGCAACGCCAACUACGCAAACGGCGUCAACUUCGCUUCCGGUGGCGCCGGAGUCUCCAAGGCCACCAACAAGGAUGUUGUUGUGCAGGGCUUAUGCAUCAGCUUUGACAAGCAGAUCGACUACUUCUCGUCGGUGUACGCGUCCCUGGCGCAGAGCCUGGGCCAGGCGCAGGCCGCGGCGCACCUGUCGAAAUCCCUCUUCGUCAUCACCAUCGGCAGCAACGACAUCAUCCACUACGCCAAGUCCAGCUCCGCCGCCGGCAACCUGCCGCCGCAGCCGUUCGUGGACGCCCUGAUCCAGACGCUCACGGCACAGCUCCAGCGGCUCUACGACCUGGGCGCGCGCAAGCUGGUGUUCCUGGGCACGGCCCCCGUCGGCUGCUGCCCUAGACUGCGGAAGCUGAGCGCCGCCAGGGACUGCAGCGCCGUGGCCAAUGACGCCUCCGUCCGGUACAACGCCGCCGCGGCGUCGCUCCUGGGCGGCAUGGCGGCACGCCACCCGGACAUGCACUACGCGCUCUUCGACUCCUCCGCCGCGCUGCUCCCGUUCAUCAACACGCCCGCGGCGUACGGCUUCGCCGAGGCCAGGGUCGCGUGCUGCGGGCUCGGCGACAUGAACGCCAAGAUCGGGUGCACACCGCUGAGCUCCUACUGCGCCAACAGGAUGACCCAUGUCUUCUGGGACUUGUACCACCCCACGGAGGCCACCGCCCAGAAGCUCACCAGCAUGGCGUUCGACGGGUCGGCGCCGCUCAUCUUCCCCAUGAACAUUAGGCAACUCAGUGCUCUAUAGGC